AUGGUAGAUGCCAAAGGAAAGAACAUGAAAUGUCUUACUUUUUUCUUGAUGCUUCCAGAAACUGUCAAGAACCGGUCUAAAAAGGGCCCGAAAAAAGCGAGUUCCAGUAGUAGUAGCAGCAGCAGCAGCGGCAGCAGCAGCAAGUUGCCCCCAGUUUGCUAUGAAAUAAUUACAUUAAAAACCAGAAAGAAGAAGAAGAUGGCUGCUGAGAUUUUUCCUAGCAAGAAGCCAGCAAACAGCAAUUCUAACUCCGUGCAGCAAUAUCACCAGCAAAAUCUCAAUAACAAUAACACUAUCCCUUCCCCAAACUGGCAAGGACUUUAUGGGACCAUCCGAGAA